AUGUUUCAAAGGAAAUUUGAAGAUGCAAUUGAACCUUCAGAAAGGGCUUAUUAUAUAAGGAUGAGGCUUCUUGGAAAUCACCCACAGACUGUGCAUAGCAUUUUUCAACAAGGGGUCCUUCAGGCCAAUCUUGGACAUCUAAACAAAGCAUUGCAGCUGUUUCUUGAUGGAUGGGAGAUGGAAAAGACACUUAGUGUAGGAAACCACGGUGAGGUGUGGUGAAAGAUUAUCACUGGCGUGGAAGAUAUGUGUGACUGGACAGAAAAAAAAAGACUGAAAAAGUUAUUUAGAAGAGAGGCCUUCAAGUUUUGUUAAUCUUUCUGGGAAUAAAAGAAAGAGAAAGAAAAGAAAGACAUCAUUGAAGCCUUGAAGGACCUUUCUGGUAACAAGGAAGACAUACAUUUGAUAGAGAGGGAGGAGCUUUGGUUCUUUAAAGGGAUGUGCAAAGAAUACAAGGAGACGUUACAGGUAGGAGGGUAA